GAUUGGGCGGCCGCGAAUUGUCUCAUUGAUCGCUUGUCGGAACAAAGCAAACAAAGAGUCCGAGAAGCUUUCCUGGUCUUGGACGUCGUUAAGCUUCACAGAAGGUACGGAACGGAAGACCAAUCAAUACAAGAGCAAAGACUGCGUAAGUCUUGGAGUAUUUGUAUCGAGGCCGGUCGCUUCUGGGGAUGGCACGGCUUUCGCCAAGAUCUUGCAAAGUACUGUUUCGGCUCUGCGGUAUUCGUCGCGAGGUACGGCGUCAUCGUGACUUGAGCGCGGCCGGCAGAGUGUUCAUCAAGGGUGGACUGGCCAUCAAGAGAGGAAACGCGAAACGUGCCGCUUCGAAGGGCACGUCGUCUCGACCAGCGUCGAUAGUGACUGACGAUGUUGAAACGCCAGACAGCCUUGUAAUGAUGUCGAAGAGCGCUGGCUUUGGAGCGAAGAUGACACGGCUUUCUUUCGGUACGAGUUCAAGCCUUCGGCGACUCUGGGUAAUGGGCAGGGGACGAAGACAGUGUCAGAAGCGAGAUAUCGUUCGAUCGAAGGAGGGUCCGCAUACAAAUAGCCUUGAGAAGCAUGGGUCAGCAGGCAGCCAUGACGAUGGUACAGACGGGCAAAAAAGGAAGGACGGGGUCACGCAAUGCAAACAAGGAGAGCGGUGCAAUCACCGAAGGGCAUGGAACAGAAGACAAGGGAGAUGAAAAGGGGCUCACAAAGGACCUGAUCAGAAUGAAAUGCUGAAGAGACAGAGUUCAAGCACAAUGGGCGCUUGAGGUCUAUGGCAGAUUUCACCAUGUGAAGCUUUUCCCAAGUGCUGAGGGAUUUUGUGGUCAGGCUAUUAGUUUCAUUUAGGAGAAUUGAAACAAUUCUGAGG